CUUUUGAGAUCUUGAGCUUUUAGAAGAUUUUCUAAAAAGACUUUCCAAAUAAACUUCUAGUAGCCCAUGCAUUGUUUGUGCAUCAUCUUUCCACGUUUCUUCUCCACAGCAGUAUACUGUAUCACCUUACUUAGGCUGUUUCUUCAUCGAGUCCUCGUGUCACUAAUCAUGGAGGAAUCCGAAUUUCUAUCUUUUUGAAAUUGAAUCAUCUCUCAGGUGCUCGAGGCAGGGCCAUYUUCACUCGUCCGAGAGAAAGACAGCACUAAAAAUGACUGAAAUCGAUCAAUUGUUCUCCACAAAAGAUGUAGAUCGAUACCUCAAGCGCGAGGUCCUUGGUAAGGGAACUUAUGGAGUUGUCUACAAGGCUAUCGAUACCAAGACAGGACAGACAGUUGCGGUUAAGAAAAUUCGGUUGGGGAAAUACGGUGAAGGUAUAGAUUUUACUGCAUUGAGGGAAAUAAAACUUCUUAAGGAGCUUAAGGAUCCGAAUAUAAUUGAGUUGAUAGACGCUUUCCCUCACAAGGGAAGCUUGCAUCUUGUGUUUGAGUUCAUGGAAAGUGACCUGGAAGCUGUUAUUCGGGAUAGAAAUAUCGUUCUUUCACCCGCUGAUAUAAAGUCGUACCUACAAAUGACAUUGAAAGGGUUGGCAUAUUGUCAACAGAAAUGGGUCUUGCACAGGGAUAUGAAACCAAACAACUUAUUGAUAGGGGCUGAUGGACAACUUAAGCUGGCAGACUUUGGUUUAGCACGUAUUUUUGGGAGCCCUGAUCGCAAAUUCACUCACCAGGUUUUUGCUCGAUGGUACAGAGCACCUGAGUUGUUGUUUGGUGCCAGGCAAUAUGGAUCAGGUGUAGAUGUUUGGGGUGCAGCUUGUAUAUUUGCUGAGCUCCUUCUCCGCAGACCUUUUUUACAGGGUUCAAGUGAUAUUGAUCAGUUAGGAAAGAUCUUUGCAGCUUUUGGUACUCCAAGGCCUUCACAGUGGCCAGACAUGGUUUUCCUUCCUGAUUAUGUAGAAUACCAAGUUGUCCCUGCACCUCCAUUACGUUCUCUGUUCCCAAUGGCUAGCGAUGAUGCAUUAGAUCUCUUGUCAAAAAUGUUCACCUAUGACCCAAAGGCAAGAAUUUCUGCUCAACAAGCACUAGAGCACAGGUAUUUUUCAUCUGUGCCUGCACCAACAAAGCCAGCUCUACUUCCAAGGCCUCCUCCCAAGGGUGACUCUCAAAACUCUAGACCUUCAGAUUUUGAUCUGCAGGAGGGUCCUAUUGUGCUUUCUCCACCAAGAAAGGCAAGGAGAGUGUUGCCACAACGCGAGGGAUUUGAAGGAAAUACAUAUCACAAUGACAAAUAUGAUAAUUAUACAGAUGAAUUCCCAUAAGCAGGUGGUAUGAACACAAGGACAGAAUAUACCAGUAUCAAUAGGCAGUUAAUGUUUGGGUGGAAGACUCCAUCCAAGAAAUAUUUAACAGUGUGGCGAUUGCAUCUGGAAAUGGUAAUUUUGGGUCUUGAACUCCACUGUCCAUAGCAGAAUAACGUGCUCAUGCAUUGGUUCCACUCUUUGGAAUAUGGACCAUACAUGUAUUCAAUCUUUGACAAACAUUCACAAUAAAUAUUGUGGAAUCCUUCAAAUUUUGUUCCACUUCCUGUUACAUCUUUUAUCUCCUUUUCCUCAGUGGCGGAAUGGAAUUUAUCAAAUAGAAAGCUGGAUAGGAAUGUAGGAUUAGUCUUUUGUUAAGUGGAAGCAUAUUCCCGUGCGCUUGUUUAUGGUUCUAGCAUCAAUGGAGAUAAUGUGGAUGCUGGAAUGCAUUAAGAGUCGCACACUUUUCCCCCUUCGGCCUGGGAUAUUGACACAGAUGAAGAAUGUUUUCUGGACAUUAGUUUAUGCUGGAGGACCUGAUCGGUGAACUGGAGAUCUUAAUAUAUUAUGUACAUAUACAUAUGAACGAUGCUUAGUUUUUUCCCCUAA